AUGUCUUCCACCGGCGGCUUUGGCUUCGGUCCCGGCGUUGACCCUUCCGACACGGAUCCUCCCUCCCUACAGCCGUCUACCGUCAGCGCCAUGCUGAUUAUGUACACCAUCAUCUAUGUCCUGCCUCUGUACAUCUCACCAUCAAGCCGUCCGUCGCCAACCCUCUCAAGGGAUGACCCCCGCGUCAUCCGCGCCCGCAUCACUUCGGUUCUCUCCUCUACCGCAGUGUGUUCGGCCUUGACGUAUAUCGUUCUGGCUCGGCUACCCGAUGGCGCUCUGCCCAUCACUCCCCUUCAUGCCAUGGGCUACUGGCCCAUUGGGCUUGUCGACUCAGCCUCGUGCCUGCUUCUUACCGCCGUCCUGUUCGCUGGUCCGCUCUAUGAAACUCUUCUCAUAGAUGGUCUUUGGGAAACCUGGAAGACUUUCGAGCCUCUCCUCAGCAUAUGGACGCACUGGACGACUUGGAGAAACAUUGUCAUGGGACCUCUGACCGAGGAGAUGUUGUUCAGGUCCGCCUCAGUCCCGCUGCUCUUGUGCGCGCGCAUGUCGCUGACCCAGACCAUCUUUCUGUCUCCCCUCAUCUUUGGUCUUGCUCACGUGCACCAUUUCUACGAGUUCCGCCUUACCCAUCCCAGAGUGCCUCUCGUCGCUGCCAUUGCUCGGUCGGUACUCCAGUUUACCUACACCUCUCUAUUUGGCGGUUACGCCACCUUCUUGUUCCUUCGAUCGGGCAGUCUGCUGGCCAUCGCCUUGGUUCACGCCUUCUGCAACGCCAUGGGCCUGCCUCGGUUUUGGGGGUCCGUCGAUCCGUACUGGCAUGCUCGGGGGCCUUACACGCCGGCGAAUGGUCGACAUUGGACGAUUGUUUAUUAUGUACUUUUGUUUGCGGGGGCCAUCUCUUGGUGGAAAUGUCUCCUGCCCAUGACACAUACCUCGGCAACACUUGUGCCAGGUCGCUUUUAA